UGGGUUAAGAUUAAAUCUUUUAAUGAUCAACACAAAACGGUACCGCUUUGACAGAAAAAGCAACAACGUUAAGGACUUGUCACUGGUACAAAGUCGCAAACAGAUCGAGUGCAUCCGCGGAUGCUGCAUAAGGUGGUUAGACAAUGUCGGCAAUAUACGUGCUAGAGCCACCAACAAAGGGGAAAGUAAUAUUAAACACAACGCAUGGCCCAAUAGACAUCGAGUUAUGGCCUAAGGAGGCACCAAAAGCUGUAAGGAACUUCGUUCAGCUCUGCCUUGAAGGUUACUACGAUAACACCAUCUUUCACCGUAUUAUUAAAGGCUUCCUUAUUCAGGGCGGUGACCCCACUGGCACUGGCACUGGUGGUGAAAGUAUUUAUGGAGAUGUUUUUGGUGAUGAGUUUCAUUCACGUCUACGAUUUAAUCACAGAGGGAUAGUUGCAUGUGCAAAUGCUGGUUCCCCACAUUCAAAUGGGAGUCAAUUCUUUAUAUCCUUAGAUAAGUGUGAUUGGCUUGAUCGCAAGAGUACCAUUUUCGGGAAGGUGACUGGAGAUUCGAUAUAUAAUCUUUUGGCUCUUGGUGAUGUUGAAACUGAUAAAAAUGAUUGGCCAUUGGAUCCCCCUCCAAAAAUUAAGUCAGUUGAGGUACUAUGGAAUCCUUUUGAAGAUAUUGUUCCAAGAGGACCCUCCAAGUCUUUAAUCCAAUCUGCAACAGAUGCUGAAAAUAGAGAUUCAAAGAAGAAACCUGUGAAAAAGCUGAACUUGCUUUCCUUUGGAGAAGAAGCUGAAGAAGAGGAGAAGGAAUUAGCAGCUGUUAAACAAAAAAUAAAGAGUAGUCACGAUGUAUUGGAUGAUCCUCGUCUGUUGAAGGAAGAGCAUCCAAGUAAAGAAUUGGAUUCAGCUGAAGCCAAAGCGAAGAAGGAUCUACAGUUGUCUGUGAGAGAAGCAUUAAGCUCAAAGAAGUAUGUAUUGCAGAAAGAUUCAGAUGCUGAAAUUUCUAAUAGUGAUGAUGAUGAUGAUGAUGAGGCUAACUUUGAUGCACGGAUGCGGCAACAAAUACUCAGAAAAAGAUUAGACCAUGGAAAUCUCCCAUCUAAGGACAAGAAAAAUGGGAACAGACCAGAAAAUCGUCAAAUUUCUGCACCAGGGUCCACUGCUGAAAGCAUUGAUGAUGACCAGCCAAGGGUGGAAAAGUUGUCAAUGAAGAAAAAGGGAAUAGGAUCUGAAGCCAGAGCUGAACGCAUGGCUAAUGCAAAUGUAGACUUGCAGUUAUUUAGUGAAGCUGAACGAGGAAGACUAUUGAAAAAACAGAAGAAGCGCAGACUUCAAGGACGUGAGGAUGAGGUUUUAGCAAAACUGGAGAAGUUUAAGAAGGCUAUUUCUAAAAGGGCCGAUGCACCGAGCACCGAGUCAGGAGGUACUUAUAAAGAGGAUUUAUCUGACUGGGCCUCUAUGAGCCUAGCGUUUGCACCUGAACCUGGAAAGCAGGACCGUAUGUCUCGCAGAGAAGACCCAAAUGACUAUGUUGUUCAUGACCCUCUUUUGGAGAAGGGGAAAGAAAAAUUUAACCGAAUGCAAGCAAAGCAAAAGAGGAGAGAACGGGAAUGGGCUGGCAAAUCUCUUACUUAGUCUCAUCUCUGCCAAUUACAUGGGAUUCUCGACAUCUGAUGCCCCUUGAUAUGGAUGAGUUGGUUUAUGUAUCAACUUGUCUCUGCUAUGUAGUUUGAGUGCUGAAAAUAGUUUAGAAGUUACUGAAUCAUGCUGAUUAAACUUGCAAGAAACUGUUGUAGCUGGAGCGCGAUGUUGACCCACAAUUAGUUCGGUUUUAUUUAAUCUAAAAGAGCAUCUUUGCCAGCAAACAAAGUCAUUCCAGAGGUAUAUUGCCGACUCUUUGGUAUCAUUCUCUCUUACGCCGUUGCUUGCUUUCUUAACUUAUACUUGUCUAAUUAAUUUGUUACGAGUGUACUCAUUUGUAAAUACUUGGCCAAAUUUGCCAUAAUCAAUUUGGGCGCUAGGAGUCAAAUUGCGUCCCUGAACAGUUA